AUGGUUGGUGCUGGGAUCCUUGUCUUUAGGGAUAGCGAAUCCCUCCAUGUCGGCGAAGAAAUUGGUGCUGAACUUCUACAAGCAAUUGAGAACUCCAAGAUUUACAUUCCCAUAUUCUCCGCAAAUUAUGCUUCAAGUUGCUGGUGCCUCCGAGAGCUUGCGUACAUGGUCAAGUGCACCUUGAAAUCAAAUGGGCACAAGGAGAUUCUACCUAUUUUCUUGGAUGUGGAACCCGCUGAUGUCAAGCUGAAAACAAACUUGUAUAAACAAACUCUUUCAAAGCGCCAGAAGACGAUGUGCAAUGAAGCAAAGUCAUGGCAAAAGACUCUCAUUGUAGUGGGCAAGAUAAAAGGAUGGAACUUGAAGAAAGAUGACAGCCAAGUAGAUUUGAUCCAAUCGGUAAUUGAAGCUGUUUUGGUUAAGCUAAAUGUCAAAUAUAAAAAUGUGACCAAGCACCUAGUUGGAGUUAAUGAUCGUGUAGAAGCUAUAAUCAAGAUGUUGGACAUGGAAUCUAAUGAUGUGAAAUUUCUUGCGAUCCAUGGAAUUGGAGGUGUUGGCAAAACAACAGUAACCAAAGUCGUCUUCAACCGAUUGUCUUCUCGGUUCCAAGGCUGCAAUUUCCUUUCGGAUGUUCGAGAGUCAUCAGAACGACAAGGCUUUAUACAUUUGCAAAAACAAUUGUUAUCCAAGUUCCUUGAUCGUCGUUAUGUUGACCAAAUUAGUGAAGUGGAUCAUGGAAUCAACAUGAUUAAGAGGGUGCUUCAUAAUAAAAAAGUUCUCAUUGUUCUUGACGACGUGGAUGAAAUCAAGCAGCUGAAAAAUUUGGCAGAAAAAGGAAAUUGGUUCGGUUCUAGUAGUCGGAUUAUCAUUACUACUAGAUACAAAAGUGUCCUAAUGAUUGAUGGAGAAGCGACAAGUGAAGGUCCUAUAAAGUGUGCAAAUGUUUUGACUUAUGAAGUACAGGAAAUGGAAUUUCACCAUGCUCUUGAGCUUUUCAGUCGGCAUGCCUUCGGGGAGAGACUCUCCACCCGAUGA